GUGUGCUAUUGCUACUACUAACCGCCUCCAGAGAGAGGAGGAGGAGAACUACGAGGAACACGAGUGGAAAGGGAAGAAGCAGUGUUAGUGCUUGGAUGGAACACACGUUCCACGAAGAAGGGACAGAGAAGAAGGCUCCAUCUCGGAUGAACGUACAGCCCUGUUCUUUGCCUCUGUAUCGCAUCGCUCACUCGCUUUUCGUCUCUCCGGGUCGGUGAGGGUCCCCACGAAGCCCCACUUGGAACAAGGCAGGCACAUGAGAGUGGAAUAGAAGGGAAUCUCUUUGAGGAGAAACUCCAACGCAGAAGUUGGGAAAGACCUCUUGGCGAACCAACAGCACAUAAUAGAAGAAAGACGAGGAAACAGGAGUGUGCAGCAUCCUUCUUCUCCUUCUCCAUCUUCUACUUCUUGCUUCCAUCUCCUCGUCCUCUUUCUCUCCACUUCUCCCUGUAAGUGUGUGUGUGCCCGAGUGCGUGUCUUUCCAGUCCUGUUUGAGUAGAGCUUUCAUCGUUUUGGUCUCAAGUGGGACCCGUUCCAAAGCUGCUACUGCUGCUGCUACGAUCCCCGUUUCCUCCAUUCUGGGAGUCAGUGGCAAAAAAGGCCAGCAGACUCUAGACAGUCAGAACAAAAGUGGCCACAUUUCCAUCCCAAUAUUCAAUCUAGUCUCAAAUCCACCUCUUGGGCAUUACAAACAAAGUGAAAACUCCCCCUGUCAACAACUUGUGAAAACACACUCAGUGCCACCGCUUCUCCAACAAAUCGUACUCCAGUGAACUAGCAUAUGAUAACAGUGUCAUGUUUUAUGGCCUACUCUGCAUUUUAGUGAAGACAUGCAUGCAAACAAGCCUUGGCCUAUUCUGAUCACCGUCUAUCUUCAGAGGCUCAAGUCAACCCAACCCCACAGAAGAAACUAAACUCGCACCAAGAAGAUGCCGACCGAACACUUUUGUCUCAAAUGGAACAAUUAUCAGACCAACAUUGUCUCUGCAUUAGGAAAUCUCAAGGUGGACGAGGACUUUGUGGAUGUCACACUCUCAUGCGAAGGCCGAAAAAUCAAGGCUCACAAGGUCAUCCUGUCUGCUUGUAGUGACUACUUUAAGGAGGUUUUCAAGGACAACCCUUGCUCGCAUCCAGUGGUUAUUCUCCGGGAUGCGUCCUUCGCUGAUGUCGAGGGUCUUGUCCGAUAUGUUUACCGCGGAGAAGUGGAUGUCCAACCAGAGAGGCUCCAGAGUUUUUUGAGGACGGCCGAGGUCUUGAGGAUUAAGGGGUUGGCUGACCAAAAUUUGUCUUCAUCUAAUGAGGGGAUCAAGAAGGAGGACUCCUCGUCUCAAGUUUUGAGUCCCUUGGCAUUGCAAUCCUUGUCAGCUGGCAACUUGGCCAAGUCUAUUCAUCAACAAUAUCAGCAAUUCCAACUCGCCUCGCCUCCCUUGCAACAGCAGCAACAACACCAUCAUCAGCUUCAGCUUCAGCAACAACAGCAGCAACAUCUUCCCCAAACUCAGCAUCCACUGCAAAUCCAAUCUAGUCCACAUAUCAGCCUUUCUCCCACCGUCUCCCGACCCUUGUUAAACCCACCCAUCAAAGUGCCCGUUCCGCCUACCCUGAACCGGAGCAACACCUCCAAUAACUUCACCUCCCUAGCUCAGUACCUGUCGGGCUCCCCGACCCCAGUCUCACCCAUAUCAUCACCUUUGACUGUCGCCGAGACCCCAGUUCCCCCGAAACGCCGAAAAACCACCCCGAGACGUCAUGAGAGCGGCAACGGCUAUCUCAAGCAGCCCACACCCCCGCACUAUUCAGGGUCCACAUCGUCUUUGACGGCCUCGCCGGCUUCUCCUCCACAUUCCAAUUCGACAGAGGGUGGCGAUGGGUCUUUGGAAAUUUGCGAGGAUAUGGAAAGGGAAAGUGGUCGUCAUUCAUCCGAAUCAAAUGAGUGUCCAAAUUCGACAUCAUCUAUCGGACGCAUUGGAGGGGCCGUGACCACCUUAAGUACGCAAACAUCGGCAUUCAAGCCUCACCUGCCCAAAAAUGGGUUGUUGACUUAUUCUUCCGCUUCUUCCUCCGCAUCAGCUCCCCAUGUCAACCAUCUACCCCCUUCCUCGGCCAUGUACAAAUCCGGCUCAAUAACUAAUCAGGGCCAAGAUCUCCGAAUGUCCUCGGGCAAGGCCCAACAUCGCGCGUCAUCCCCAAUGGACUUCCAUGAUGCCGAGGAUCGCCCACUUGUCAUUGAAGAGAACCAGAGGGACGAGGAAGGUGGGGAGGAUGAGGAGGGCAAUCAUCACGAGAGCUCUUCAUUGCAUCACGCCUACGGCGAAACCUUGGAUUUAAGCAACAAGGGUGGAAGUCGACCUAAUAGCAGCCACUCUCAACAGAGCCCUGUGGGCAUUGGUCAACAAACCUCCCCCCUACUUGGUCUCAUUAAGUCUCAUCAAGCUUCAGUCGUAACGCCUAGCUUUCACCACCACCAUAACAACAACAAUACCAUUAUGAUCACCGGUGGCGAUUGCGGCUGCGGCCAUGGCCGUGGCUGCGACCACUAACACGGGCGGGAAAUCUCCAGGACAGAUCAGAAGAACAAGCACAGCCGGAUCCUCCUCUUCAACCUCUAGCACAGCCUCCAGUGGAACCUCAAAGGAACAACAAAUAUCUGCUGGGUUGAUUGCGUCUCAAGGUCUGUUGUUGACACCGGGUAAUAAUCUGGCUAAGGCCACUCAUGGCAAGCCAAGUAAAGGCCAGGUAGAGCGAAAGGCAAGCUCUGCUAGUCCUAAUAAUAAUAACAACAGUAGCCCUACCACCAACAUUACCAACAAUAACAAUAAUAACAACAGUACCGCCAACUCGGCUACUGGUAACGGUACUCAUCCCCGGAAUCGCUGGCGAUGUAUGCAGCCUCGAGUGUGCCCAUAUUGUUGGAAGACGUUCUCGAAUUCUUUUAAUUUGAAGCAACAUACCAUCAAUGUGCAUAUCCAGUCCCAAGGGGUCACGUGUGAGAUCUGUGAAAAGGUUGUCAAGAACAAAUGGUAUCUCCGGAAGCAUUUGGUCACCGCUCAUGGGGCGCCACUGAAGCGCUCCAAAGAUGGCUCGGGAGCGAUCAAGCAAGUCAAUAGCAAUACUGGCGAGGGAGGCGUGUCCCAAGAUGAUGAUGAGGAACAUGACAUGACCGAAGAAGAGAUGGACGACGACGACGAUGAGGAAAUUGUCGUUGAUGAUCACCCUCCGGUAUCGACCAAGGACACCAAGAAAAAGUCUUCUCAAGCCAAAGAGCGAAAAGUUCUGGCCAGCACCAAUUGAACAAGCUAGGCCAUGAGGAAGACGGAUAGAACCACUAUUAUUAACCACUUAACUAGAUUGAUUCUUCUGCUGCAAGUUUUCACUUUGCUCAAGUUGUUUGCCCCCCCCCCCUUUUCC